GAUUCGCGCUUACUGCGCGGCAGCCCGCCCCCGGCCUCUCCGGCAGCCAAUGAGGUGCCGGCUACCGCCGAGGUGCCCGGCGAGCCCCGGCGCGAUGGCGGCGGCCACGAGCGGUCGGUGCGCGGUGCUGGGCGCUGUGUCCGCCGGAGCCGGUCGGGCCGUGACGCGAUGGCGGCGCUUCCUGCUGCCCGGCGGAGGGCCGCGCCUGCUGCCCGCCCGCAGCGCGGCGUUGGAGCCCGGGCCAUGCUGUGCCGUGACGGUGGACGUCGGCGGCAGGAAGAUGGAACUGUCUUCUGGAAAACUUGCCAGGUUUGCUGAUGGAGCUGCCGUCGUUCAGCUAGGGGACACGGCAGUAAUGGUCACAGCGGUCAGUAAAACCAAACCUUCUCCAUCUCAGUUCAUGCCAUUAGUGGUAAGUUCUACUGACAAAACUUGUUUUCUGGUGAUCCGCGGCAGCCUUAGUUGCACAAGUCAUUGAACAGAGAGCUCGAGAUACUGAGGGGAGCAAAAGC